CCGACGGAAGGCAGCGGGCGGAACAGCAGCGACACCGCCCGGCCGCGGUUGCUUGGUAACGCGGGAGGACGCGCUGUGAGAGCCGGCUGUUUUGUCGUCAAUAGAUGCGAAUGGAGUCUCAGUACCUGAGGAGAUGCCUGGGAAGUUGCUUGAAAAAGGGUCUGGCAGAGGUUGUGGAGCAUCAGCCUGCAGACCCCAUAGAGUACCUGGCACACUGGAUUUACAACUACAAGAGAACUCUAGAGGAAGAACAAAAGAGAACGUUGGAAAAAAUUGAAAUGGAAAAAGAACAGCAGGCAGCCCUGGAAGAACUUGAAAUGUUAAGAAAAAUGAAGGAAGAAGAGCUGAUAAUACAACAGAGAUUUGAAGAAUAUCAACAGGAACAAGAACGUGAGAAGUUGAAACUGCAGAACGAAGAAGAGAACAUGCAGCUGCAGCAGCAGGAUCCCGAGGAAAAUGAAAAGACAAUAGCUGAACUUACAGAUAGAGAAGGAGCACCUAAUUUGUCCAGAGUUGAGGAACUAGAUGAGAACGGACUGUCUGAGAUUGCAACUGAUUUAACGCCAGAGUUCGAACAAGAAAGUUCCAUCUGAUCUGAAGGCACUCAAAACAGUUUCUACUCGUUACUAGCUAACCCUGAAGGGCUACAUCUUAAUUAGUGUACUUUGUAUAGAAAACUGAUUAUAUAUAUACCUGUUUUGGUUUCUUUGCUUUCUGGGUGUUCCUAUAAAGCCUGUUAAUUUUGGCAUGCCAUGCUUCCUUACUGUUCUUAAACUACAAUAGCUGGCACAGCUGACUUGGAGAAAAAAACUGGAACUGGGAUAAAAGAAAUAAAUACAUUUUUCACUGAU